AUGGCUUCGACUGCCAAUGGUGAUGAUGACGACAAGACCACGACUUUGGCCGCUACUAGCAAGUCUACCCUCUUCAUCACCAAGACUAUCAUGAGCAAGCCGCCGAUUUCUUCCUUACCCGGCGAGACUCUUAGUCCGAUCACCACCUCUCCUGCAAGCUCUACAGAUGCGAUCUCAAUCAGCGAGCCAAAUCACACCGAACCCGCUGUGUCUACGCAGGACCACACGGAGCCCACCAUGCCCGUGCACGUGACCUCAAAGUUGACCCCUACGGUCCUUGAGACUCUGAGCGUUCAUCCCCAUGGUCCGAUCCCGAAUCUGCAGUCUUGGCUCAGCUUGCACUCCUCUUUGAUCCUCACGAAUCCUCUACGCCCGUCCGCUAGCUCCUCCGCUAUAAUUCUGACCAACCCUCUCCGUCCGUCCAUCACCGCUUCUGGGAUUUGGCCUAAUACCACUACUUCGGGUGUUGUUGUGCCAUCGUUCUCAGAUGCAUCAGUCACACAGACAUCCCCUGACAAUAAAUCCAAGUCUACUCUCCGCCUGACUAUGUCGCUGAACACACCGACGACUGCAGUUCCAGUCUCGGUUUCCGUAUCGACGGACGGUAUCGCCACGUCAUCGGCGAUCAACUCUACCCUCACAUUGGGUACGCUGUCAGUAACCUCAUCAUUCUCUGGUUACAGUCCUUCAUCAGUGUCCCAGUCCUCAACGUCACUAGCUGAUGAUCCUCGAUCCUCAGUGUCCGGGAAUCCAAUUGAAUUCACCGGAACCUACGGUAAUGACCCACCCAAUACCCAACCCACCCCACACCCUGGCCUUCCUCUUGUUGGAAAUCCUCGCCCCUCCACUCAGGUUAACGUGACAGUGAUGGAUGACCGCCCCACCGUAGGCUUCGCUCAAUUCAAGGCCUCAGUAUCAGACAACUUCAUAUCUCUGCCUUCUGAUACCGACAUUUCCUGGUCCAUCGCUGGCGACGAGUCCACCGUGACGAAUAUGGAGGUCUUCCCUACCAUCACACCCGACGCCACCCCAACUGACAUGGAGGUCUUUCCAACAAUUAAGCCUGACGCCACAUCUGCGGCAUUGGUCCUGACCGACGGUACUUUCUUCUCCUCCGUUACACCACCUUACCCGAUUGCGGCUCCUGCCAAGCGUCAAGAUGGAAAGCACGAGCGCAGCGUCCACGGCACGAUUAGCAAGGUGUUCACGACCACCACCGUCACGCUUGCUAAUUCAACCGUGACUUCAACGCAAGAGAUGCUGCCCACUAACAGCACUGGUAGCACUGGUAGCACUGAUACGGCGUCAGAGCCAUACCCAGGCGCGACUACUCAGUCUCUGAGCAAGAAUGGUGCCAGUAACACUCAGCCUGCACCUGCAAGGGUUGUGCUGGUCGUGCUCGCCCUCCGGUUGGCUGCGCUGUUCUAA